AUGUUCGUUCCCGUUGGAAAUGUUCCGUACAGCGCAUGUGCGGCGCAGCCAACUGUUGUUCCUUGUACUGCGGAAGACGUCAAAGAACUGAAGGAAAUGUUUCCGAACAUCGAAGAAGACGUGAUUCGUAAUAUUUUCGAGGAAAAGCAUGGAAACAAGGAAGCGAUCGUCAACGAUUUGCUUGCUUUAAGCUCCUAA